GCGGCGAUCAGUCCGCUUUCGGUGCUCAAGCGUUGCGUUUCGUUUGCCUCCAGCAGCAGCAGCAAGGCCCCUGUCCAAUCCCAUUACCCGAAUCCCAGACCAGUUUGUGUGGACAACGAUGACGUGCUGAGGUCGCUCUCUCUCUCUUUCCCUCUCACUCUCUAUCUGGCUCUCCCUCUCCAACGCGCUCUCCUGGUGUGCCAAAAAAAAAAAUUAUAAACCUAUUAAAUAGUUUUCUUCGCGGAAAGCAGACAACCAACGACACCCGGAAAACCAGAGGCAGCGUUUUCUUGUUCAAGCUAAAGAUAACUAACACGCAAAAUGGCCCACCAAGAGAGAAAAUCGAUGUGGUUCUUUGGCGGAUUGGCGAGCGUAGGUGCAGCCAUGGUGACCCAUCCACUCGACCUCAUCAAGGUCACGCUGCAGACGCAACAGGGUCACCUGUCGGUGGCCCAGUUGAUCCCUAAACUCGCCCGCGAACAGGGAGUACUCGUCUUCUACAACGGCCUCUCCGCCUCCGUGUUGCGCCAAUUGACAUACUCCACUGCGAGAUUCGGGGUGUACGAGGCCGGAAAGGAGUACGUCAAUACGGACACCUUUGGCGGCAAGGUGGCCCUGGCAGGUGCAUCCGGUCUCGUCGGAGGAAUCGUGGGAACUCCGGCUGACAUGGUCAACGUGCGCAUGCAAAACGACGUAAAACUGCCGCCGCAACAACGACGCAACUACAAUAAUGCCUUUGACGGACUGCUUAGGGUCUACCGCCAGGAAGGAUUCAAGCGACUCUUCUCUGGCGCCACCACAGCGACUGCCCGUGGCAUCCUGAUGACGAUUGGCCAAAUUGCAUUUUAUGACCAGACGAAGAUCUACCUGCUGGCCACGCCGUAUUUCCAAGACAACCUGGUCACGCACUUCACCGCCUCCCUGGUGGCCGGAACGAUAGCCACCACUCUCACCCAGCCGUUGGAUGUGCUGAAGACGCGCUCGAUGAACGCGAAGCCCGGAGAAUUCAAUGGCCUGUGGGACAUCGUGAAGCAUACGGCGAAGCUGGGUCCCCUCGGCUUCUUCAAGGGCUAUGUGCCAGCAUUUGUGCGCCUGGGUCCACACACGAUCAUCACCUUCGUGUUCCUGGAGCAACUGCGUCUCAAGUUUGGCACAUUGAACUAGCCGCGAUGCUAAUCGAUACCCUAACUAGGCAAUAAUUCUCCUUGGCUGGCUGGCAGAUUCCCUUGAGCAAUGCAACAUUCCAGCAGCAAUUCGUUCACCGUGUAGAACAUAACUUAGCUUUAGCCCGUUCCAGUUGUUAACCAAGAUGCUUUUAUGCUAGCAAAAUAUUUGUUGUUAAGCGUUUGAUGGACGCUAUCCCGAAAUAUAUAAUUUUUGAUAAAAUACAGAAAUGUAUUCAUUUACCAUGAAUAUUAAUGCUUAAA